GCUUACUGUAUUACGAGGAAGGUCAUUACUGUGUAUCCCUAUUGGCAACUGCUGACUCUUGCGCGUGUCAACUAGGCGCUGUUCGGGCGUGGCAGUAGAUACCUGCUUUGCUCGUGGCCGUGUUGACGUGUGCGCGCAUCUCAGGUAUCGUAUCUUCCUCUGCUGUGGUUCUUUAGUGCUGUGAAGUUACGCGGGCGCGGACGGUGCCGAUGCAGAACGUGUAUUUUGGCAUAUUCAAAUUAAAAGGAAUGUUUAUCUCGUAGUUUAUUCUGAUACAGAAUGUUUUGUUUUUAAAUGGCUUAAUUUCGAUAAGUUUUAACCCGUCGUUUAAAUAGUGGGCGAAACAAUGAAAGACAUACACCUGCAGUCCGAUUCAUGUAUCAAUGGUUCAGUAAUACGAAUCUUCUGUCCUACGUCCGCCUCUGUUUGUGUGUUUGACACGGGUGUUGGAAACACGUCUUUUAGCGCAGACAACAUCAAUAUAAACACAACAGUCAGCACAACACCUCUCACCAUCGACAAAUGGAGCAACUACAAUUUCUGGACAGGCCUGAUGCUAGCCGUGCUUUCAGCUUUCCUUAUAGGAGGAAGCAUUAUUCUGAAGAAGAAGGCGUUGCUGCGUUUGGCGAGUACUGGAGAGACGAGAGCAGCUGAGGGAGGUCAUGGCUACCUGAAGGACUGGCUGUGGUGGGGAGGCCUUUUGACAAUGGGUGGUGGUGAGGUGGCAAACUUCACGGCGUACAUGUUUGCUCCAGCCACAGUGGUGACCCCUUUAGGAGCUCUCAGUGUUCUUAUCAGUGCAGUACUGUCCUCCCACUUGUUUGGAGAAACAAUGAAUCUGCUAGGAAAACUUGGCUGCAUGCUCAGCAUACUUGGAAGCACUAUAAUGGUAAUACAUGCACCUGAAGAGGAAGAGGUGACGACGCUUACCGAAAUGACAGAGAAACUGCUAGAUCCUGGGUUUCUGGUGUUUGCCAGCAUCCUGCUGGUCACUUGUACACUCUUGAUCUUCUUUGUCUCUCCUCGCUUUGGCCAAACCAACAUAUUGGUCUACAUCAGCAUCUGCUCUCUACUCGGAGCGUUCACUGUGUCCUCGGUCAAAGGCCUCGGCAUUGCGAUCCGCACCAUGUUCUCCGACCUCUCGGUGGUACGUCACCCUCUCACCUGGAUUCUUUUACUGACCCUAAUUGGAUCCAUCAUCAUCCAGGUCAACUAUCUCAACAAGUCGCUGGACACCUUCAAUACGCUCUUGGUGUACCCCAUCUACUACGUCUUCUUCACCACCGUAGUCUUGAGCACCUCUGUGAUUCUCUUUAAAGAAUGGGGAGCCAUGUCAGGAGUGGAUGUGGUGGGCACCAUCGGGGGCUUCUUGGUGAUAGUGAUCGGGGUGAGCAUGUUACACCUCUUCAAAGACUUGAAUGUGAGUUUUGAAGAUCUAAGAAGCAACCUUUGUCAGCCAGAGAGCCCGUCGAAGAGGGAGGACAAACACAUCCUUAUAGAAAACAUAGAGACCCUGCCGCCCAUGAGAGAGGAAGGGCCCAGAGUCUUCAUCAUUAGCUGAGAUUGUAUCAGAUCUCAGCCAGUUUAAAUAUACAGUUUAGUAAAAUCUUCAUUGUUGAUUUCAUCUGCUGAAGGCUGUUAUACUAUGACGCAGUAUUUUUGGAUUGGCUGCUGCUGAGUACAGUGAUGACGCAGAUAUUUUUGUUUUGAAAAUAUUAUUUUUGAUAACUUAUAAGAACUUACAUGAAAUAUUUAAAGACUGGAACUGCAUGAAACAGAGCAGAACUUCAUAUCUUGCGGCUGCCAAUGAAGCACGAAAUAUACAAAAUAUUAUUCUUUUUUCUCUUGGAUGGAACUGUGGAAGUUAUUUUCCAGAGAAAUAUCUUGAAAUAAACCAGUGAAUCUAAAAUAUUGACAUAAAUUUUGAAUGGAAAAUAAAGAUUAUACAUUUAAUAUUUUA